UAGCUUCAAUAUUAAGUCGAUAUCAUUAGUUCUAGUGGUGUGGAAAAAUAAGCAUCUCCGUUAUUAAGGGACCAAGAAAGCCUCGAGACCAGAGACCCAGGUGAUUGGGCUAGUCAGUUGUUGACGAGUCCUCGAUCGAUCGAGAGAGAGGAAGAGAGAGAGAAAGACUGAAACAUUUCGAAAAGAGGAGAGAGAGAAGGAGUGAGCGAACGGGAGAAAGACUCGCACAGACAGAAAGACAGAAGGGCAGACGUUGUCCGUGGAGCUCGCGACCGAUUGCAGACUGACCAAAAAUGGUUGCCCAACUUUGACGACUUCUAGCUAGUCCGUCCAUGAUGGUUCAGCAACUGAUCAGUAGUGAAAGAGGUUGUUGUUAAAGUAAGUAGUGGACAAGUGGAUGGUGCUGACGGUGGCAGGAGCAGCAUUGCUUGUUGAUAUUCAAAGCGACCAAGAACCCAACCAGCCCAGCUAACUAACUAACCAACCAACCACGGAUUGAGCAAGCAGGAAAGGGCUUAAUAUUCUCAUUUCGGGACGGAAUGAGAGAUCCCAACCAGUGUUGUGAAUUGUCGUCGUUGUGGUGAUCGGGGGUCCUAUUGUUGUUGUUAUUGUGUUCCUCAGUUCCCCAUUUUUGCCGGUGCGAGAUAUUUUUCGAGGAUUAAAGUGUGAAAGUUGAGUUCAGAGCACAACACAGAGUGAGUGACUUGCUGUUAAUUGGAAAUUGAAAAUCCGUGAUUGAAAAUUCCUCCCAACCACCAAAUUGCUGUACCAAGCCUUUCCUCUUUGCCAGGUUGGUGAAGCCAACGACGGCCCCGAAACCAAUCCCGACCAUCGUGAACCAUGAGAAGCCAUUCUCGGCUUCAUUGGAGAAGACGACUCACUCCUCUUCACUGAUCGCUUUGACGCAAUGAAUAUCGCCGAAUUCAUUGCCACUCUCGUUCUCGUGACUCAAAUUCAUUCAGUCUGGCCAGAAAGAGCCAUCGCCGACGAUGGCGGUGAGGCCUCGGAUACCCUCCUCACUCCCAAGGAAAGUUUCAUCAAGCGAUCCAAGAGAAAAAGCGGCUACUUAACCGCUUAUGGUUGCGAGGGAUCUCGAUUACAGAUCAAUUGCACCGACAGCCACUACCUAGACAUCAUUCGGGCCAAUUAUGGUCGGUUUUCCAUUGCCAUUUGCAACGACCAUGGAGAGACGGAUUGGAGCGUCAAUUGUAUGUCGCCCAGGACUCUUCGUGUCAUAGAAGCACGGUGCAGCAACGAGGCCUUCUGUGAUGUUCCAGUGGAUAGCACCAUCUUUGGAGAUCCAUGUCCGGGGACGUUCAAAUACGUGGAGGUCCACUACGCCUGUCGAAAGAAUCCCGUUUCGUCCUCCACACAACGCCCGCCACCUCCUUGGAUUCCAAUGGAAAGAGGUUCCAAUGCUUGGUCCAAUAUUCAUAAACACUUGGGCACCGCCAAUUUAAGUUCCAAUGGCCAUCCUGAUAACCUCGAGGACGUAGAGUUGGGCACGGAGCCUUCGGUAACUGAUAACCCGAGUUUUCGAGGCUUUGCCGUGUCGUCGGAGCAAAUCCUGGGAAAAUCCUCUUCCAAUAACUAUCAAAGUUUAUCAGAAGACGGAAUUCGACCCAAGGUCAUAGAAGUCAGGGUUCCCAAGCCUUUCAACUUCGAUGCAAUCGAGCGGAAGUCCAACCCGCAUCUUCCUAUAUCUUUUCCCCUGACCACGACAACUUCGCGGAAUCCUGGCGUUCUUCACUCUGAAGCGACCACGGUCAAAGCCUCAACCCAAGAUGCUGGUCAAAGUAGCGAACCUUCUACCACAGAACUCAUGCAGGUUUUGGCAAAUUUCACCCAAUUCUGCCCACCAGCCUCGGCUCGAGGCCUCUUCUGGAACUGGACAAAGGCCGGUGACACCGCAGUGCUCCAAUGUCCCACAGGAAGCAUUGGUUUUGCAAAAUGGCAUUGUGACAUUGAAUCGAAUUGGGCGUCCCAGGCACCCUCUUUCAACGAGUGCCGAUCGUUAUGGCUAAGUGACCUUGAUGCCCGACUGCGAGAGGGCGUGGCUAUGGCCAAUGUGUCGCAUUCGUUGGCUUAUUAUUCUGGCCUUCAACCCUUAUUCGCGGGAGAUUUGGCGCUAUUUGCUCAGAUGUUGAAACACAUGGCAGAGCGAAUGCACUACGAAAUUCAGCAAACUCCGAGCUUAAAUACUAGAGAGGCGAUGGUGACUGAUCUUGUUCAAAACGUGGUUCGUUCGGGAAGUAAUUUGAUCGACCGAAUGAACCAUCGGAGUUGGUCGGAUUUGAGUAGAGAAUCCAUCGGAAGUAUCGCCACAGCUCUGAUGGUUGGCCUAGAAGAGAAUGCGUUUUUAUUGGCAGACUCCGUUACGAGUGAAAAAAUCAUCAUCAAGCCCACAGACAACAUACUGUUGUCCAUCCGUGUGAUGCAAUCGAGGAACACCAUGCGACAAAGAUUUCCAUCCGUGGAAAGCAUUGAAUCGUGGAAUGAUCAUGGGGACUCGAUCGAGUUAGCAAGCUCAGCUUUGUUACAGAAUGGCGACAAUGGCGCAGUGAGAGUGAUAUUUUCAACCUUCAAUCAAUUGGACCAGCUUCUAAUCCCAAGAAAUAAAACCCUGUUCGUGAACUCCAAAAUCAUUUCAGCCUCUCUAGGCAAAGGACGUCACAUUGAGCUUCCAGAGCCCGUGCUUAUCAACCUCAAACAUCUCCGAACUAUUAACGUGUCCCAACCCAUGUGUGUUUAUUGGGACUAUUUGGCCAACUCCUGGUCGAAUGAGGGCUGUGAAGUGAGAAAUUCGAAUCGGACCCACACGUUGUGCCAAUGCAAACAUUUGACCAAUUUCGCUUUGCUAAUGCGGGAAGGCGCCCCUUUAGUGCCUUUGCGGACUAAAACAAUGAUGGCAAUUCAUAUAAGCACCAUUGUGGCAUUGGUGGCUGCCUUGAUCUCCAUUUCGGUGAUCGUGUUCUUUUUGGUGAUAACUUGGAGAAGACUCAAAAUGAGUAGGCAAUGUCGAACUGCUCUGGAGAAGUCUGGCCUUCCGUGUUUUCACAAAAGUAAAGAUUUAGCUGACAAGGACAAGGGCAACAAGGGCAAUUUCUAUGCAGUCACUCCCAAGCUCAAUGGUGUCAACAAUCCCCAACGAAAUCCAAACGAGCCAGUGGAGGUCAUCGAAGCGCAACAGUUUUUUGAGCACAUGAUUUCCCUCCAGAAGAACCAGGACACCAUGGUGGCCGGUAAGCGACGGAAUACUCAUUCCAAGGAGAGCAGUGAGACUCAAGAGACCAACUUAAGCGAGGUCGACGGGAGCAAUCCCCUGAAUUCACGCCGAAGCAAUUCCAACCUUCAGGGUGAGAAUGGCUACCCGAAACGGGGAAAUUUUGCCCGGGCGCUCAGUCCUUACAACCACAUUUACAUGGAGAUUGAUCCAACCGAUGAACACACUAUCUACGAGCCCUUGACCCAUAGUGAGACGUAUAUGAUGUCUACAUUGUCAGAUAUGAGCGAGGACAACUAUAACAACCAGAACUUCAACAACCAAAGUGAUAUGAGUCGGCAGUCCUCCAGCCGCGAGUCUCGUCCACUUAUUCGGCCAAACAGUGUACAUGAACGGAAUCUCUUACACACAAUCAGUGGAGUACUCCAUUCCCAAAGUGUCAGAAUAGCCCCAACGCACUUACCCGGGACCAAUACGUUAAAUCCGGUUCGUCGGAGCAUGUGGGCCUCAGUGCGGCCUCAAGAAGUAACCCAAGUAGCUCAAGGGGCUCACACCUUGGGACGAAUCCGUAGCAAUGGUGACAACAGCGUUCCACUCCUGGAGAGGUUACGCCAACAAGGUCUUGAUAUGAGCACCUUACAGUUAAUGAACGGCAAUGCGCCACAAGGUUUUCACUCACCCAAUCCCGGCAACAAUACAGUCGUGCCAGAAAAUAGCUUCCUUGGGCGUCUCGCUCAUCAGCAAUCUGGUUCGAACGGCCCACAAGAGGUCCCAUUACAAGUCACUACCAUCAAUGGGAACCAGUUUGUUUGCUUGAAUUUCAACCAGAAUCAGCCGCACCAAAACACGGCUUCUUACAUGGCCAGCCACGACCAGGAGUUCGGAGGGACCCUCCAUGGUCAAAUUCAUGCCCCAGUUCAUAGUCAGGCCGUGAUCAGUUCCUCGGGGACCCUGACCCACAGGCCUACUCCACAGUUUGCUCAUCCUCUGGUAGACAACAACUCUUAAGGAGGGGCUCACCGAUCUCAAACAAAAACAAAUACAACCACCCCGUUCUACACCAUCAUGAUUUACCGAACUGAUUGCUUUCAAUUCUAUAUAUGUUGAAAUGUAAGAUCUCAUUUAUGAACACACGUUCAGUUUAUAGUUCUUGAACAUUCUUAUCAUCACAAAUUCGAAAGGGGUUUUGGAAGAACAAAAAUCCUGAGAUAACCAAUUAUAUACUAUACUCAAACAAGAGCUUCUUCUUAU